AUGAACAAUAGCAAAAACAAAGAGCAAGAGGACUCUUCUUUUCUACUGAACGACGACAUGCCAGAAUUUGACCAGAUGAACAUGCGCCUAAACAGCUACGGCUCUCCUGAUGCGAAUAAAGAAGUCAUUGUUAUCCGCGAAGUUGUGGUGGUGAGUGUGGGAGAUGAUGGUGCGAAUGUAAUAAACAGCAUCAUAGCCCUGGCAAUUGUCUUUGUGGGAACACAGAUAGCAUCUGCGCUGUGGAAGAGAUACCACAAAAAAUCCUUUGCUGCGGUGAGUGUGUCAACGCUGCUGUUUUUUCCUUUUGUCACAGGAAUUCUUGCCAGAUCGUACGUGUUUAUUGCAAUCUGGCUCGCCAUUGCGUUUGUGCACUUGGUUGUUUUUCGCGAUGUGCUUGUGGGCCGGCGGCCCAAGGUGCUUACAACAAAUGUGUACAAUGUGUACAGAGUUGUGUUCCAAGCCAGCCUCAUAUUCUCUACGAUAAGCUACAUUCUUGUGGCGUAUGGGUUCUUCAAAGAGAAAAAGAAUAUGUACAAGGGAGGAGUGGUGUCUCUUCUCUACAUCCUGUACUUUACGCUUAUUAUUCGAACAUGUCUGGACAUUAUAAGCGAGCGCGCGUCUGGCACAAUACUUCCGUCAAAAGCAGCAAAGAUAAAGGGGAAUAUCUGUCCAAUGUGCCAGAGUGAAAUGAACGGGGAUACAAUUACGCUGGGGUGCAAAGAGACCUUCCACAAAAACUGCCUUAAGAACUGGAAAAUCCUGGGAAAGAAGGAUACAUGCCCCUCGUGCAAGGAAAAGGUCAAUCUGUCUGAGAUAGAAAUGAACCCCUGGCAGAAAAACGAGUAUCUUUUCACGAAGUUCCUUGACUUCACUGGAAACCUUAUCCUUGCGUAUGCAGUUAUACAGGGAAUUAUUUUGUUUCUAUAG